UUUACAGGAUGCCCCGUAGGGGACGGCGCUCCGAGGCGGCCAAGGUGAGAUGGAGGAAGCUGGAGAGUGUGCCGGUCGUCGCCAAGCCUGGGACACCAACGCUCGCACCCAGCGCUUGGAACCCGACUCGGUCUCCGCCGACGAAGACGUCCCGACUGCUGGAGGGUGGCCUGCCCUACCAGAUGUCGCCCGUGGUUCGUCAGGACGAGGAGCCCCGUGGGCAGUCGACUUCUCCGGAGUCGCGCCGUGGGACGGGGCGUCGCCAUCGCGUGGAGACGUGGCCAGCUUCCCGGGUGACCAGACGGAGCUGCAAGUUGGUUCUGCCUACUGCCGAGGCUCUGGAGAAGAAGUUUGCUCUUUUGGUUGGUGAUUCCCAUCUGCGUGCUAUUGUGGAUGGGUAUUCUACCAUGCCAAAGGGCGACUUCUCCUUAGGGAUGCUUGCAUCUCCCGGAGCUUCUGCGGAAGAGUUGCGGCUUGAGGUGCUGGAUGCAGUUCUGCCUCGGCCCCCCGAGGUGAUCUGUCUUCUGGCCCCAAGUAACAACUUGACCGCCAGCAGGACCUUCGUGGAGGCCGGAGCGGCGUUUGACGCUUUGUUGCGUACCGUCUGCAACCUCUCUGCUAAUGUGGUCGUUGUGGACUUUCCCCCACGCCUUCGCGUGGAGGAGAGUGUGCAACAGCUGCUGCGGCAGGAGUUUCAACGUGUGGCUGCUCAGAGAGGUGUUCGGUACUUGCCUGUCACUGAACACUUCCCGUUGAGCAGCCUAGCCUUGUGGAGCAGGGACGGCGUUCAUCUGAGCGAUCGUCCUGGGAUGGAGGUCCUUUCUCAGUUGCUUGAGGCGGCGGUCUCUUCGCAACUUGAGUUAAGUGCACCGAAAUCUCCAGCUCCUGUGAUGUUGGCUCCUCCCCCUCCUGGGACGGCAUCCCCCCCCGCGGUGAGACGUCCCCUGCCCCGGCUGGUUGUGGUUGGUGAGGUGGCUGCUCCGCGUCGUUCGGACCCCUUCGCCUGGACUGUGGUUGGUGGUCGUAAGGUACUGGAUACAUGCUUAGUUGAUUUAAGCAAAAUCCUGCAUGUUUAAUUCUUUAAGAAUCCAUGAAUGUGUAUAUUUGACUUUUUAACAUGUCUGUUUUGUGUCUGCCUACCUGAGUGUCCAUUUCAACUUUUCCUUAAAGUACAGACCAUAAACUACAUAGCAGUUUUUUAAUUGUGUUGAGGGCAAGUAAAACUUUUCAGAAGAUCAUGUAAAUGUCAAAAACCACCUAUUUUGAGAAUGUGAAAGGGAAUUAGUUUACAAACAUAAAAUAUGAAAUGCAACAUGACAUCCCUUUGUUAUUUGAAAUCUCAUCUUCAAACAAUAAGUAUGGGCUCUAUUUUGUUGCUAAGAAAUGGGGGAAACUUGUGCAAGUAAUGGUGAAAAGAGCAACUGUGAGAAGUGGUACCAGAGUAAUGGCAAAAACAGUGAGAUAGUGAUAUUGAUUGGUGUCACACACACUUCAUAAUUUAUAUGUAGUUUGUAGAAUCAAAUAUACUUUAUUGAUGUCGAAGGGGAAAUUGCUUAUUUGCUGAAAAGGUGGCUCAUCCAAGGUGUAAAUAUUAGUUAAUACAAAUUAAACCAUAAGCAAUAUAAAAUUUAUGAAAAUGUAUACAUAACUGUGAUAUUGUAAGUAGUUUAAAAAUAUGACAAAAUAUAAAAUAAAUAGACAAAAUAACAAGCGCACACUUAUGUUAAUCUAUAAAUGAGUCCAGGAAAUACUUGGAGUAAAGACACUCACAGUCUGGUCAUUAUGUAUGAAAAAUUGUGUAACUAAUAAAUGUGCAGCAUGCAGGUUUGCUAUUUUUUUAACAUAAAGUCAAAGAGGGAAACUUGGAGCCAUAUUGUGAGGCACAGUGAAGAUUAAAAUGAUGUUGAUGGCAGUUUUAUUAGAAAUGUAGAUAAUCUGAGGCAUAAAGGGUAAAAUGAGGUAAUGGUAGGGUCAGAGGCAGGUACUCAAAGGUCCAAGCAGAGGAAUGGCGGCGCUGUACAGCUGUAAGGAGUCGAUCACCAGGGGUAGAGGAAGAGCUACUCCCCCACCAGCUAGUAAGCAGCUUCCAGCCAUGGUAAACUCCAGGAGUUAAGGUAGAAACCCUUUGUGAGUUUCACAGUGAAAAAAUAAACAUUUUCCAACUUAAAAUUUUUGUAACUGCUGUAUGUGUAACAGUUUAUCCAAAAGAGAAAAAAGUGACAAUUUAGGUUGUGCUGGAGGAAAUGCCACACAAAACACUAAGAUAAUUUCUUUUGAGGAAAUGCAAAGGUAAAAUCAAAGUUUGUUAAAAAU